GAGUCGCAGGGCUCAGAGCCAGUGCCAGCCCACGAGCCUGCAUUCCCAGUUCCAGGCGGGUGUGGCCAGAGGCCCUCCAUGUCCCAUCCCCCCAACCUUCCUCACCGACCAGGCUCACAUCCCCCUCACCCCAAACCAUUUGCCAACCACCCCUCACACAGCACCCCAAGCCCACUGCUACAUGGCACCCCCAGGUGGGGCGUGAGGACGCGCCCUUGGCAUCCCCACCUGUGCUCGCUGCCAAAGUACUGUGCGGCCAUCUGGGCCCGCCCCCGGGCCCCGUGCCACCUGGGAGGCAUAAAGCCGGCCGCCGCAGCUCCCGAGGGACCUCCGAUGUCGGCCAUGAAGGGGAGCGGCGCCCUUCUGUUGGCCCUCACCCUGCUCUGCACCUGUGGGCUGGCCACAGGGGAGGACAACACUGAGCUUUUCAUGGACUUCCUGCAAACGCUGCUGGUGGGGUCCCCGGAGGAGCUCUAUGAGGGGCCCCUGAGCAACUAUGACGUUAAUGCUGAUGCCAAAGCAGCGAUGAAUGAGCUCAAGUCCUGCAUAGACAGCCUGCAGCCCAUGCACAAGGCAGAGCUGGUCAAGCUGCUGGUGCAAGUGCUGGGCAGUCAGGAUGGCGCCUAGUGGACCCCAGAUGUGGCUCCAGCCGCCACAGAACCAGCUACAUAAGCAGCCAAGGCCACACCACCUCAUUACCCCUUCCCCGGGUAUGAAUUUGCCCUCAAGCUGCUCAAUCAAUAAAGCUUCCUGCAGCUCAG